AUGGGUGCCAAAAUACCUCGCAACUUCCGACUCUUGGAAGAGUUAGAAAAGGGCGAGAAAGGUUUGGGUGCAGAAGCUUGUUCGUACGGCUUAGCCGAUGGCGACGACUUGAUGAUGACCAACUGGAACGGCACUAUCCUUGGACCUCCUCACAGUGCACACGAGAAUCGAAUCUAUAGCGUCAACAUCCACUGCGGUGAUAACUACCCCGAUCUUCCACCUACUAUCCAAUUUGUCUCGAGAGUGAAUCUACCCUGUGUCGAUCAGAAGACCGGAAAGGUCGAUCCUUCGAAGCUUCCCUGCCUUGCGAGCUGGAAGAGAGACUACACGAUGGAGACUAUCUUGAUUGAGCUGAGAAGAUACAUGGCACUGCCCCAGCACAAGAAGCUACCACAGCCGCAAGAAGGCUCGAAUUUCUAG